CAGCUCUACUCCGCGCCGUCGGUCUUCUUUGCCAAUUGCUUGUGAUUUACUUUACGACUCAAUGAGGAGGUAUUGACACUCAAUUGGGUCUUGCUGUAAUUCUCGCGGAUGGUCGCGGCCUGAAACUGCUUUUUUCUGAACAGCAAGUGAUCAUGUCCCAGAGCAUCAUGAGCAGAGUAUUUUUUUGCCGGAGAUGCCUCAAUCAAGCGGCACGACUGGGGGGAGGGAAAACGCGAUUUUUCACUACUUCAGUAACACACAAACGAGCGUGGAUCCCAACAUUCCAACCAACAUCCUCCCAAAAUCUUGACGAACUCCUCUCCUUGUUUCGCGAUCGCGUCUUUAUCCCCGCUUUCCUCAAUGCUGCCCAGCGAAGGCUCAUAUACAAAGAAGAUGCCGCUACGACACUGGAUCAGAAUCCCAUAACUAUAACCCUUCAAGGAGCAACAGAAGAGUCCUACAAACUACGCCCAUUAAAAUUUAGCGAAACACCCAGCAACAACGUGGUGCGGGAUGCGAUCGGACUGAUGAAAGAGCCACAGGAUUGGCACACCCUCGUCCCGCUGCUGAGGGGCCUACACAGCUCAAAACGCACCCCCAAUUUCCUCCUCUGGGAAUUCAUCGUGCGCAAGGCGGGCGAAGCGGGGAUGAAUUCCGUCAUCAUCGACUGUGCAGAGCAAUCUCACCGCACAGGCUUCUCACUAGGUGACUACGUGCUGGCAGAGCUGCUCUUCUCGAACCUCCAUACCAAGGCUGAGUCGGCGGGAUAUAAGGGUGCGGAGGUCGAGACGGCGCUAAGACAAGCUAAGCGCGUUGCCGUGUUGAUGAACUCUGAAGACCAUGCACCUGUGGAUAAGAUGAAACCGGACCCACGGCGACAUCCGAAUAUUAUUAGUGUGCUGUUAGAAUUAAGUGCUGCUCAUGCUCUUGAUGCCUUCGGGGGCAAGGACACCCUGGGCGACGUCCGUUCAUACGCUGAGAAAUUACUGGGCACGUGGGUACUGAGAGGAAUGUUUGAUCCUAUCAAAUACCCAAAGAAGAAUAUCCGGAAGGUUACCGACCUUCCAUCUGUACGCAAGGGUAUUGAGAUGGCCCUGCAAGUGGAAGAAAUCAAGAAGGAUGGGAAGCUGAGCCAAGCUCUCAGGGAACGGCUAAGCGAACUGGGAACUCCAGCUGAUGGUGCCCGGGCUUAAGAGUGGUAGAAUUGUGUGUUUUCCAAAACCAAUCUGUAUCAUUAACAAAUGUACGAGAAUUGUCAUUUUUUCUCUCAUAGUUUCUUGUUUUUGUCACUUUAGAUAUAUUUUUGUGCGAGGUGUAGAAUAAGUUGGACAAAUUUAUUGGAUGAUGCAAUUUUACUACAAC